AUGUCCACAUGCCUAGGCAAAAUUGCCCACUGUGCGACUGCAGGCAUACGUCGAGGUUUAACCUUGGCGUUAUUUAUGUUUAAAAACUUUGUAAAAGUAGUAUGGGAUGAGUUAAGUCAUGUAUUAAUGCAUGAUGUUCAGUUAUAUAAAAUAAAGACUAAUUUUUUCAUUAUGAUUCAGACU